GGGAUGAGAUAUAAGUGGAGGUGGGGGGAUAGCGACGGAGAGGCCAGGGACGCGUCCGAAAGGGGGAGAGGAGCUGCGCUCGAUUUUCCGGAGAAGGAGAUGUCGAGUCUUCGAGCAGCGUCGAGAUUUGGAUUUCGUGGCUUGUUUUCUUCGGAUUUGGCAAGUAUUCUUCCCUCUGUAGGUACGGGUAGGGCUCCUAGGUGAGUCGAUGCCGGAUUGUGUGUGUCCAGGGUGUUUUUGCUUGUGUGGUGCGUUUAUUCCAGAUUUGGGCCAUUGUGAGACAAUUUAUCGUUGAAGCGAGCGAUUCUGUGUUUUGAGGGGUCCUCUGGUGAAUUCUGCACAUGCGAGCACGGAUCUUCUUUGAGUUAUGAUGCGGGUAGGGGAGAUACUUCUUCCCCUCUGAAAGAACGAGUAACAAACCAGAUGGCUCUCACUAGUAGCUGCUGCCUCCCCUCCGCUCCAAGCAAAAUCUCCACCUUCACCAGUAGCCCCAGAAAGCAUGGAAAGAAAACGAACGAAUUGACAGUCGAGUUGCCCAGAGUGUCAGAUUCCUUUUUGGCGGCAGUUGUGGCAUUAGGGAGCUUGGUUGUUGCAGAUACUGCUAGUGCCUUGCCUGAAAAAUUCUUGGAUUUAACAUCUCCAACCUUUCUUGCUGAUAUGAACCUGGGAGACUGGCUCGGAGGCCUACUUUAUUCAGCUGGACAGCAGGCUAAUGAAGCUGUGCAGAGUCAAUUGUCAACUGUCAGUUUUACAAGCCUGGCAGUAAUUUUUGGUGCAGGUCUUGUCACCAGUCUUUCACCUUGCACGCUUAGUGUUUUGCCAUUAACUCUAGGAUACAUUGGGGCUUUUGGCUCUGGAAAAAGUCAAGCUGAGAUUAUCUGGAAUUCAGUUUCUUUUUCGUUGGGUCUGGCAACAACAUUAUCCAUUCUUGGUAUUGGUGCUUCUUUUGCUGGAAAGGCAUAUGGGCAGAUAGGUCAAGGUCUUCCACUGGCUGCUUCAAGCUUGGCUAUCUUAAUGGGUCUAAAUCUUUUGGAGAUUGUUGAAUUGCAGCUCCCCUCAUUCUUUAGUGAUUUUGACCCUCGUUCUAUCGCUGCUAAUUUCCCUGUUGGUGUUCAAGCAUACCUAGCUGGUCUUACAUUUGCCUUAGCUGCAUCACCAUGUAGUACUCCAGUUCUUGCCACUCUUCUAGGCUAUGUGGCGACAUCCAAGGAUCCUUUGUUAGGUGGAGGCUUACUAUUAACAUACACAACGGGUUAUGUGGCUCCUCUCCUUAUUGCAGCUUCUUUUGCCGGUGCAUUACAGAAUUUGCUUUCAUUUCGGAGGUAUUCAAGUUGGAUAAACCCAAUGAGCGGAGCACUUUUACUUGGAGGGGGUAUUUACACCUUAUUAGAUAGAUUGUUUCCUGCUUCAUCAAUGGCCAUGUGAUAAGUUCAAACACAGAGUUAUUCUAAGUUCGAGGACGAACUUUUUAUGAGAUAAAGGCAAAGGAUGGAUGAACUAGGGGAGCCGCAGGAGAGGCAAGAGAUGUGUGUGGUGGUGGCUCGGCUAAGACAAAUAAAAGACCUGCUUAUGUUAUUUUUUUUUUAUGUUGACAUGAACUAAAUUUAUUUAUGUUAAUGUUCCGCUGUUUUACUUUAGAAAGAAAUUUAAUAUGUAUGUAUGUUUCCGCAAAUAGUAAAGUAAUCCCGUCCCACUAGUAGGAGGGGCGGGCGUUACGGUA